GCGUUCCGGGACCGCGAGCCGCGCCGCAGACCCGCCCGGCGGCCGCACUUCCGGCCCGCCCCGCCGCCCGCGCCGCGCGUUCACUUUCCGCGUCGGGGCGGGGUCUCUUGUCCCUCUGCGCGGCCCGUUCCGCCUCGCCUCUCCUCCCGGCUGACGUGUCUGCGCUUCCUCUGCGUCUCUGCUAGCUGGGCCGUGAUGGCGGACGCCUGGGAAGAGAUCAGGCGGUUGGCUGCCGAUUUCCAGCGGGCUCAGUUCGCCGAGGCCACGCAGAGGUUGUCAGAGCGGAACUGCAUUGAGAUUGUGAAUAAAUUGAUUGCUCAGAAACAGCUAGAAGUAGUUCACACACUCGAUGGAAAGGAAUAUAUUACUCCAGCCCAAAUUAGUAAAGAAAUGAGAGAUGAGCUACAUGUCCGUGGUGGUCGAGUAAACAUUGUUGAUCUACAACAGGUAAUUAAUGUGGACCUGACUCAUAUUGAAAAUAGAAUUAGUGACAUUGUUAAAUCUGAAAAGCAUGUUCAGCUAGUGUUGGGACAACUGAUAGAUGAGAACUAUUUGGAUCGGUUAGCAGAAGAGGUAAAUGAUAAAUUGCAAGAAAGUGGUCAAGUAACCAUAUCAGAGCUAUGUAAAACCUAUGAUCUUCCUGGAAACUUUCUGACACAGGCACUAACUCACCGACUUGGUAGGAUUAUCAAUGGACACAUUGAUCUUGAUAACAGAGGAGUAAUUUUUACCGAAGCAUUUGUAGCUCGACAUAAAGCACGCAUCCGUGGACUUUUCAGUGCUAUUACCCGGCCUACAGCAGUGAAUUCUUUGAUUUCAAAAUAUGGAUUUCAGGAGCAGCUUCUUUAUUCUGUGCUUGAGGAACUUGUUAAUAGUGGACGCUUACGAGGCACCGUGGUUGGUGGGAGACAGGAUAAAGCGGUGUUUGUCCCUGACAUCUACUCCAGGACACAGAGUACUUGGGUGGAUUCCUUUUUCAGGCAGAAUGGCUACCUAGAAUUUGAUGCUUUAUCUAGACUUGGAAUCCCAGAUGCUGUAAGCUACAUAAAGAAGAGAUAUAAGACCACACAACUCUUGUUUUUGAAAGCAGCUUGUGUUGGUCAAGGACUUGUAGAUCAAGUGGAAGCUUCAGUGGAGGAAGCAAUCAGCUCUGGAACAUGGGUUGAUAUUGCCCCUCUGCUGCCCAGUUCUUUGUCAGUUGAGGAUGCUGCCAUAUUGCUUCAGCAGGUGAUGAGAGCAUUCAGCAAACAGACUUCAGCUGUGGUCUUUAGCGACACUGUUGUAGUCAGUGAAAAAUUUAUAAAUGAGUGUACAGAACUUUUCAGUGAACUGAUGCAUCAGAAAGCUGAAAAGGAAAUGAAAAAUAAUCCUGUGCAUUUAAUCACUGAAGAAGAUCUGAAACAAGUCUCCAUGUUAGAAAGCAUUAGUACAAGUAAAAAGGACAAAAAAGACGAGCGAAGAAGAAAAGCAACAGAGGGCAGUGGAAGCGUGAGAGGAGGAGGUGGGGGCAAUGCCAGAGAAUACAAAGUCAAAAAAGUCAAGAAGAAAGGAAGAAAAGAUGAUGACAGUGAUGAUGAGGCUCAGUCGUCUCAUGCUGUGAAGAAGAAGCCAGAGAUCACUUUCAUGUUCCAGGAUGAGAUUGAAGAUUUUUUAAGAAAACAUAUACAAGAUGCCCCUGAGGAGUUUAUUUCUGAACUUGCUGAAUACUUAAUAAAACCUCUUAAUAAAACUUACUUGGAGGUGGUCCGCUCAGUAUUCAUGUCUUCAACUUCUGCUUCUGGAACUGAGAGAAAACGCACAAUCAAGGACUUGCAAGAAGAGGUUUCAAAUCUAUACAAUAAUAUUAGAUUAUUUGAAAAAGGGAUGAAAUUUUUUGCAGAUGAUACCCAGGCUGCUCUUAUCAAGCACUUGCUGAAGACAGUGUGUACUGACAUCACUAACCUCAUUUUCAACUUCUUAGCUUCGGAUUUAAUGAUGGCAGUAGACGACCCUGCAGCCAUUUCAAGUGAAGUAAGAAAAAAAAUUUUAAGUAAACUGUCAGAAGAAACCAAAGUGUCUCUCACAAAACUCCAUAACUCUCUGAAUGAAAAAAGCAUAGAAGAUUUUCUUUCUUGUUUGGAUUCUGCAGCAGAAGCUUGUGAUAUUAUGGUCAAAAAGGGAGACAAAAAAAGAGAAAGGCAGAUACUGUUUCAACAUCGACAAGCACUGGCUGAACAGCUGAAAGUCACGGAAGACCCUGCUCUCAUUUUGCACCUCACCUCAGUGCUGUUGUUUCAGUUCUCAACCCACACCAUGCUCCAUGCACCUGGAAGAUGUGUCCCACAGAUCAUUGCUUUUCUUAAUAAUAAAAUUCCAGAGGAUCAGCAUUGUCUUUUGGUGAAGUACCAAGGUUUGGUUGUAAAGCAAUUAGUCAGUCAAAAUAAGAAGACUGGGCAGGGAGGUGAUGCUUUGAGUGAUGAAUUAGACAAAGAACAAGAAAAUAUCAUCAGUACUACUCGUAAAGAGCUUCAGGAACUUUCUUCAUCCAUUAAGGACCUUGUUCUCAAAUCCAGGAAAUCAUCUGUGACUGAAGAAUAAUGAUCUUGAUUUACAUUUGUCAUACAGUGAACACUUUCCCCAGAAUUAAAGGUGAGUGGUUACAAAAAAUAAUCAUUUCACAAUUCCCUACUCCCUGCUAAUACCCUUUCCCACACACACGAUUCAGUUAAAAUGAUAGCAUUGUAUUAAAUGCAAACUUUAUAAAGAUGUGAGUUUUAUAAAUUGGUUUCUUCAUGGAAGUUUUCUUUUUCACAUUAUUGUCACAUAAAUUCCAUGUGAAAAUUUUCACAUAUAAUUAUUUUCACAUAAUUCUGAAAAUUACACAUUUAAGGUUUAUAUUCUUUCCAAAUGCUGGAUGAAAAAUAAAUUUUCUGAUACCUUCCAUCUCUAGGAAAAGACUCAUUGGUUUUGCUAUUAGAUUUCAAAUGACAUUAUUAUAUUUAUACACAUUUAGACAAAAAUCUAAAAUGUUAUGUUUUAAAAAUUAAAAUACCCUUUGUUGUCAGAAAUUAAAAUAAGUCAUGUAUUUUAUUUUAAAAUUAGUGAGAAUGCAUCCAAAUUGAAAUUUCAAAAUAUCACUAGGUCCUUGCUCUUAUUUCUGGCAGAAUAAACUUUUAUGUGAUUGGGGCCACAGGAAUGCCUUGGUAGGGGCACAAGAAGCCUAUAGGAGUCCAUGCAAUUGCUGUGCUCUCUUCUAAAACAAGCUAACAAGUGUGCGAGCAAACGUACCAUUUAUUGCCAGUAGGUAUAACUCACAUUUAACAUUGGAAUAAAAAUUUUACAGAUUUUCCUUUGAUCCAGUUUGUAUUUCUACAUUAUAUUUUUUAAUGUCAGUAGUUGCUCUGUCGUCUAACACUGUAAAUACGAGUGUGACAAAUAGUUCACCUUUUCCAGUAGGAGGUUCUAUAAGUGCUUUAUGUCAUUGGAAUCUUUUUUCUAUAAAUAGAAACCCUUAUAAGAAAUAGGUAUUUUUGUUUUCUAAAGAUUGUUAGUUAGAAACAACUAAAGCAGUUCCUUGGGGUAAUCAUUUCAACCAAAUGAUUUCAAACAAAAAUUUAUUAAUUAUCAAAAAGGAAUUAAAUUAUUUUGAAUAUAAUAGUAAUUGAAAUCUCAAAUAUUUAAAAAAUACUAUUUUAUAUAAUUCCUUAUAUGGCAUUUAAAAUUUUAUAUUUCAAAAUAUUUGAAUACAAAGAUAGUCUACCUCUAUUCCAUUAAUACUCCAAAGUAUUAAUCCUAAGUGAAGAUAAUAUAAUUGCUGACUAUGCAUUAUUCUUAAAGUUGAUGGAACUAGAACAUUUAAUUUAAAAACAUUUUCCCUAGCCAGGCAUUGUGGCGGGUGCCUGUAGUCCCAGCUACUCGGGAGGCUGAGGCAAGAGAAUCGCUUAAGCCCAGGAGUUGGAGGUUGCUGUGAGCUGUGUGAGGCCACGGCACUCUACCGAGGGCCAGAAAGUGAAACUCUGUCUCUACAAAAAAAAAAAAAAAAACAUUUUCCCAUGGAUAAUUUUUUAUUAUAUAUUUUAUAUAUAUAUUAUAUAUAUAUAUGAGCAAAGGAAGAAAGGGGCAAAUCCUCUGUCAUCACAAACCCGGUUUACUUUUAUUUAUUCAGCUUCUAAAAUUUUGAACACCCAAUCUAUUUUUUAUCUAACCUUUCUUCAAGAACCUUAUCACUUACGUUUCAGCAGAUACCAAAGUAAUCCAUGUUCAAACUAGAUCAUAGAAAAUAAAUAUAAGAGAUGAUGAAGCUAAUAAAAAGAAACCAUUGUCUUGGUUUGCAUUGUUUUUUCAUUUACCAAAAACAAUUCUGAUUUUUCCACAGUAAAUAGGAUUUUUAUUGCUUUUGUUCAUAAAAUUACAUAGCUGAUUCUGUAUGUAAAGGUCUAAUUUCAUUAAUAAAAUAAAAAAUGUUUAUUGUAACCUUAAUUGGUGGGGUUAAAAAUGUUUAAAAUAAAGUUGCCUGUUGUUCUAUUAAA